AUGGCGGAUGCUCAACCUAACGAAGACCAUGCGCUGCCAGAAUACCGGCUUAGCCCAGACGAAUCCUUAAACACUCGCCUGCAAAAGCUGCUUGAAUACUUCUGGGUGAGGGUGGAAGCUCGACACGCCGCCACACAGAUACGGGCACAGGCGAACCGGGGUGCAAAGCAGACACGAGAAAGCGACAGCCGGAGAGAGCCCAGUGGACCCCUGGGCAUAAACCCGACAAAGCUGACAACCUCUCAACAAACGAGCCCAUCCGGGCUUAAGGCCCUGAGGGGCGAAGCCCCGAGGUAUCCCCCACACAGGCGGAGGCCCAUACGCCGCAGGCGGCGGAACACCACCACAGCCCCCAGACCUACCCCAAUGGGGAAGGACCCGACCUAUAAAAGACCCCGAGCCCGUGGAGAAACAAUACUGGCCUUACAACAAUCCCGGAGCAGGGGGGUGAACCCAGCUUAUCCCUGGCUGCCCGCCACCAUCUGGACUUACCCGACACAGCCGCUGCAGCUCCCACCCAGAAGUAUAGGAUGA